AUGAGGGUGGCGGAGGCCCACCUCACUGUCGACGCGGGGACGGAGGCGACUGAUGCAACGCACGGGCUGCCGCGGAGGAGGAAGCCAUCUGCGCUCACAUUGUCAGAACCGCCGCCGCCGAAGGAGCUCGCCCCGGGCCCGAGCCACCCGCGCCCCACCUCCCUCACCACGUCGCCCAGGAGCCGCCGCCCUCUCCCCGCCAUCGCGCCGACGUCCUGCCAGAGGAGCCUCGUCCCGCGCCGCCGCAGAUUGCCCCGCCCCCGCGCCGCCAUUGCCUCGCCGACCCCGCCAGCCAUGACAUCCUGUCGCCGCCAGAGCCCGCCCCGAGUACCCACUGCCGGUGGUUGCCACCACCGCCUCCACCCCGUGCACCACCAUCUCCUGCCAACCCCGCCUGGCCCUGCUCCGCUCGCCGGCGCGCCACCGCCUCCUGUCGACCCCGCCGGCCACGCCAUCCCGCCGCCGCGCGAGCCCGCCCCAAGUACCCACCGCCGGUGGUUGUGCCACCACCGCCUCGGCCCCGUGCGCCACCGCCUCCUGCCGACCCCGCCUGGCCCUACUCUGCUCGCCGGCGGGUGUACCUUGAGAGAGAGAGAGAGUGCGAGCGGCCAGGGCACACCACGGCUGCUUCUCGGCGACGGAACGCUCCAAUUAGCGGAGAUCUCCAUCUACAACUCGACGGUGCGUGUCAUACACAACGGCGACAUAAAAGUCGACGCCACCGGCAACGGCAUGUUUAGCGGCGUACUCAGCGACGACGACGGGCCCUACAGUCUGUCGUUCGGUAAUGAACUCGUCGUGGUGGGCUGCAACGUCUACGCGACACUGCACGAGAAGAAUACAAACGCCAUCAUAAGCGGUUGUGCUUCAUUCUGCCCGAACGACGUCGUUGCGAUGUACGCUCUUCUUGCCGCAACUAGCACAUUUGAAACACUACUAAAUUCGACCGGUCGCAAGUACUGUGACGGCAUGGAAGGCAAUCCUUAUAUCGCCGAUGGAUGCCAAGAAGCAGAAGGCGGCAUGUGCGGCAACGUGAGCGUGCCGUACCCGUUCGGCGUCGGCCCGGCCGAAUGCUACUGGCCGGGCUUCAACCUCACCUGCCACACGAGCGGUCGGGAGGAGGCGCCAAGGCUGCUGCUCGGCGACGGCACCCUCCAAGUGGCGGAGAUCUCCAUCAAAAACAGCACGGUGCGCGUCAUGCGCGCCGGCGAUGUAGAAGUCGACGCUGCCGGCAACGGCUUGUUCGGCUGCGGCCUUGCGGACGACGGCCCCUACACGCUGUCUAACUCUAGCGAGCUCGUCGCAGUUGGUUGCAACGUGUAUGCGAUACUCCAAGAGAAGAACAAGCUCACCAUGCUGAGCGGUUGUGCCUCAUUCUGCGACGAAGUCUUCGUCGCAGACAAUGCGACUGCGAUUUAUCUGGAGGAACGAGGGAGUUCCCCCGGAACCAAAUACAACAUGGGCAGCUGCCAGGCGCCCCUCAUCCCCGCGCACUACGUCGGGAAUGGCGUUCCGGGCCAGGUGAGGUUAAAAUAUUUCGGUUCGAACGGCAGCAUCUACAAAAUGUUGCGGGCGAUGGUGUUCGUCGCGGAGCAGGGGUGGUAUCCUCCGUUAGAAAUGGACUAUCAUAGACCAGAUAAGAUGGCAGUUCCAUUUCUUCUGGACUGGCUGAUCGUUGCCCCAGGUCGGCUGGCUAGCGCGGAGUUGACCGACGGCAGGUGCACCUCGGUCGAAGCCCGCGACGUCUGCAAGAGCAGCGAAAGCAGCUGCCGGAAACCUACUAGAGGCUAUAUUUGCUCUUGCCGGCAUGGUUACCAAGGCAAUCCUUACAUCACCGACGGGUGCCAAGAUAUCAACGAGUGCGACUUCCCUGCAAAAGACACCGAGUGCUAUGGCGAAUGUACCAACACACAGGGAUCUUUCGAGUGUCGUUGCCCGCAAGGAACCAUUGGCAACCAUGCCCUGCCCAAUGGCUGCAUCGAACCCGCCAAGCAGCCUGCAAAGCCCAGAAACACAGGUUUAAGCACCGGAAUAGGAGUUGGCAGUGGGGCAAGUGUUAUUGUCUUUAUUGUCAUGGUAUUUUUCAUGAUGCAAAAGUAUAAACACCAAAGGGCAACAAAAUUGAGACAUAAAUUCUUUGAGCAAAAUCGUGGUCAAUUGUUGCAACAAUUGGUAUCUCAGAGAGUUGAUACUGCAGAAAGAAUGAUCAUAAGUUUGGAAGAGCUAGAGAAGGCAACGAACAAUUUUGACAAAUCUCGUGAGCUUGGUGGCGGCGGGCAUGGUACCGUCUACAAAGAGAUUUUAUCGGAUCUCCAUGUAGUUGCCAUCAAGAAGCCUAAGGUGGUGGUGCAGAAAGAGAUUGGUGAGUUUAUUAAUGAGGUUGCUAUCUUGUCCCAAGUCAACCAUAGAAAUGUUGUAAAACUCUAUGGUUGUUGCCUUGAAACAGAGGUCCCAAUGUUGGUCUACGAGUUUGUAUCCAAUGGGACCCUUUAUGAUCACCUUCAUGCCAGGUCAUUGUCGUGGGACGACAGGCUACGCAUAGCCACUGAAACAGCCAAAUCUCUUGCUUAUCUUCACUCGUCCGUCUCAAUACCUAUCAUCCAUAGAGAUAUCAAGUCUGUUAACAUACUUUUGGAUGAUACUUUAACAUCAAAGGUAGCGGACUUUGGAGCUUCAAGGUACAUUCCAAUGGAGCAAUCAGGGGUAACAACAAUGGUGCAAGGUACAAUAGGAUAUUUAGAUCCUAUGUACUUCUACACAUCACGCCUCACGGAUAAGAGUGAUGUUUAUAGCUUUGGUGUCAUUCUUGUAGAACUGUUGACUCGAAAGAAGCUCUUUUCAUACAUGUCCUCUGGAGGUGAUAGCCUUGUUGCAAAUUUUGUUACCCUGCUUGCAGAAGGCAGCUUAUUGCAGAUAUUAGAUCCACGAGUGAUCGAAGAGGGAGGCAUAGAAGUUGAAGAAGUGGCUAAGCUUGCGGUAACAUGUGUGAAAAUUAAAGGAGAGGAUCGUCCAACCAUGAGGCAAGUGGAAAUGACACUAGAAUGCCUUCAAACAUCCACGGACCAUGUUCUAGAUGGUCAGGUGGCCGAGGAAUUUGAGAGGGGUGGCGUUGCAAUAAUUCCACCAUCAACUAAUAGUGCCGAAAGGAACAAUGAUGAUUCAACAAGACAAUACAGCUUAGAAGAUGAGUUUAUGUUAUCCUCAAGGUACCCUCGGUAG